AUGCUCAGCGAUUGGAUUAGUGAUUACUCUAUUGUACGUUGUGAUAGGGCGCGCAGAACUGGUGGAGGGGUUGCUAUGAUGAUCAGAAAAACGGUUAAUUAUACCACUAUCUUAUCCGAGUCCUUCCCUAAGGGGUACGAAAUACUAGCGUUGGAUUUUGCUGCCCCUGAACUUCUGAUCUAUCCGUUGCUUCAUGCCCUGUUAUUUUUGUCAAAGGAGCCCACAAGGGGUGAAAACAUAUUAGACUUAGUGCUUACAAAUGAUCAGCACCUUAUUAACAAUAUCGCAAUUAAUUCUGCUCUUGGGCAAAGUGAUCACUCCAGCAUUUCUUUUGAUAUUACUGCAUCUCUUCCUCCUUGUUUGCCAGUUUUCAAGAGACUGUUUCAUAAAUGUGACUACUCCCGUGUCCUCAGUUAUCUUUCUAGUAUCCUAUGGGUUGAAUCCUUUGAAACCCUAUCCACGGUUGAUGAUAAGUAUUCAAUGUUCCUUUCUAUACUCAAUCACACUAUUGAUCAGUUCGUCCCUGGGCUCUCGUCUAUCCGAAUAAGCGCAACCUACCGGAAUAUUUACGCAACAUGUCUGAACAUAAAGAAUGCCUGUUUCAAUAUGCCAAACUGA